AUGCUGCCCGCCACAUUCGUCGCCCUCGCCGCUGCUCUCGCCCCGGUGCUCGCGGGGCCCGUCGCGGGGCCCGUCGCCGAGCCCGAAGGCGCCUUACAGCAGCUCGAGGCCCGCAAGGUCUGCGGCGCGGGUUACCUCGCCUGCCACUAUAGAUUCGGCAACGGCGAUAAGGAUCAGUCCGAGUACACCUGCAUGUCGCCGUGGUGCACUAUCCUGAAGGACUGCAGCUGCCCGAAAACUGCCUCCUUCAACCAGAAGCCCGCCUUCCUCUUCGAUAGCGGCUGCCGUUCGAAGGCUGCCGCCGGAAAUCACCCCACCUGUUUCGUUGUCGGAUAG